UAAAGCUUAGAAUUGUUUACAAAAUAUUAUAACAAAGAGAGCGUAUAUUGUGUUUUUUUCUUAUUAUAGAUUGGUUCAUUGAACUAUCUACUGAUUAAGGUCUCCCAAUGCCAGCAUUCACAACGAAGAUGUCUAAUAUAGACAAAUGGCUGAUAUUUAGUAUUUUAGAACCAGAUUUUAUUUCUAGUAUCAAAAUAGCGUGCGUAUUCGGGAGUUCUGGAAAUGAAGCUUUGAUUGUAAAUAAAGAUGAUGAUGUGUAUGCUUUGGGAUCCAACUGUAGCGGUUGUUUAGGUCUUGGGGAUUCUCAUGGAAGUUUGGAACCUAGAAAAGUUGAAGCUUUAUGUAAGAAAGGUAUUGAAAGUUUUGCUUAUGGAAGUGGUCCUCAUGUUUUAGCUAUCACAUCAGAUGGGGAACUGUAUAGUUGGGGCCAUAAUGGCUAUUGCCAACUUGGUAAUGGUGGAACAAAUCAAGGUCUCAGUCCUGGCUUAAUAUCAUCAAAUGUAUUAGGAAGGAAAGUAAUUGAAGUUGCUUGUGGUAGUCAUCAUUCCAUAGCUUUAACAAGUGAUGGAGAAGUUUACUCAUGGGGGCAAAAUAACUGUGGCCAAGUUGGUCUGGGAACAACUACGAAUCAGCCUACUCCCCGAAAAGUUACUGCUGGCAUUGGUUCAAGAAAAUGUAUAUCCGUUGCAUGUGGUCAAACUUCUUCUAUGGCAGUGUUGGAUAAUGGAGAGGUUUAUGGAUGGGGUUAUAAUGGAAAUGGUCAACUUGGUAUUGGUGGAAAUGCUAAUCAAGCAAAUCCAUACCGUGUCUCCAAUCUUCAAGGUGUAGUGAUACAGAAGAUUGUUUGUGGUUACGCACAUACUAUGGCUCUAACUGAUGAAGGAGUUCUAUAUGCUUGGGGUGCUAACUCUUAUGGACAAUUGGGUACAGGGAACAAAACAAAUCAAGUCCUACCAGUUAGAAUAGCAACAGAGAUUGGAAGAGUUGUGGAAAUUGCUGCUUCUCACUACAAUCACAUAUCAGCUGCUCUAACACAGACAUCUAAAGUUUACAUGUGGGGCCAGUGUCGAGGCCAGGCUGUUACAUCUCCUGCAGAAACUCCAUUCCAUUCUUUACAUGAUGUUUUUGCUUGUUUUGCUUCCCCAGCAGUUACAUGGAAACCUAUGGAGUUAGAUGUGGUAUUAACUAACAAAGUUAGUGAUAGUGUGAGAUUGAGCUUUGAUGAUGAGGAAACCAGUGAUUUAAAGUUUAAUGUUGAUGGAAAAUUGAUCCAUGUGCAUAAAUCUAUACUAAAAAUUAGAUGUGAACAUUUUCGUUCUAUGUUUCAAGCACACUGGGGUGAAGAUGAAAAGGACACAAUAGAUAUUACUCAAUUUUCUUAUCCAGUGUAUCGGGCAUUUUUGAAAUUUUUGUAUACAGAUGAAGUCGAUCUUCCUCCUGAAGAUGCUAUAGGGUUACUUGACCUUGCAAAUUCCUAUUGCGAAGUACAGCUUAAGAAACAUUGUGAAUGCAUUAUCAAACAUGGUAUUACUGUAGAAAAUGUGGCAAUGCUAUAUGCUGCAGCAAUCAAAUAUUGUGCAAAGGAAUUGGAAGAUUUUUGUUUUGGCUUUGCUCUAAAUCAUUUGACUGCUGUUGCCCAAACUGAAGCAUUUAAUAAAUUGGAUGAACCUACAAUUAAGAAUUUUAUUGUUAAAGCUGCAAGGCAUGGGGCAUUUAAGUACUGACAACGAUUUUGAACUAGGCUUUUGCAACAUAUUUGUGAAGAAAAAGAUUGAGAAAAAUUUAUUUAUUUUUUACUGGUUUUAUAUUAGUUAUUUUUCAUGUAUAAUAUUAAUCUGAAACUUGUUGUUAUUGUUUAUUUUAAACCUUUGUAAUUGUGAAAAGGUGAAUUUGAAAUGUAUUUAUUAAAUUUUAAAUGUUCAAACUCCAAUUCUAAAUCCAAAUUCACAAACUUGGGUAUCAUGCACAAAAUUUUAAUAUUUGUAGAAAAAAUAAACAAAGGGCCAUUUCAUGUUAUGUACAAUUUUUAUGAAAUGAAGUAUUGCAUUUUUCAAUUCCAGCAUUGAUUUUUAUUAUCAGGAAAGACAUUUAAGAUUUAUAAAUCAUAACUUUUGUAGUUGCAAAUAUUAUAUAGGCAGCUAUGUAAUUUUCAGAAAUUCUCUUGAAAUUUUAAAUUUUAUAUUGUUAGACAUUAUCAGUAAAAUUAUAAUAAUUAACUAGACUUUGUAAUCAAUAAAUUUUUCUGUAAUCUGAAUUGGCAAUGUGCUUAACAAAGCCUAGUUCGAAUAAAGGUGCUAAUAUAUCGAAAAUAAUUGAAUAUUGUGAAAAUUAAAAAGAAAUAAUUUAUUUUCUUUUUGAGAAUAAAUGCUAUUCUCUUGUGAAAAGAGCAUUCAUCAAAAGCUACCAUGCUAAGUUUUGUAAGUCUAGUCGUAACAUGUGUCUGUAUUGUAACAUAAUUGUGAUUUUUAAUGGCAGAGUAGCAGGACUACUUCUGUUACUAAUGUAGUGAACAUUUAUUCUUAAGAAUGACAUUUUUUUUUAUAUAUAUGUGAGAGGUAGCAGUUAACUGUUCAUUUAUGAAUUUACUGCUGGUAUUGCACCUGAUUAUACAUUUAUGGAACAAAAGAAAUCAUUGAAUUGUAGUAUUUAUUAAUAAUUUAUUAAAUGUAUAAUUAAAGGCUUUUAAUCUUUUAUGUGUAUUUUGUAUUUAAAUCUAUUAAAUAAAUGCUCUUUUUCAUUUUUAUAUACAAAAUCAUUAUUAAGAAGUGACCUCAUUGCGAUUUUACAAAGGUUUUGUAUUGUUACCUUAUUAUUUAAUGUCUUUUUUUAUUUUUUGUUUUGAGAUACUUAAGACAGAAUAAGAUAUAAGACAGAAUUUGACUGUAGUAGGUAUUUAUUGUAAAGUUAUACUUUUAGUCCCAGUGUUAUAAUACAAAGUAUUUUUAAUGUUCUAAAAAUAUUUUGUGUAUUUUCAAAAAAAAAAAAAAAGUUUCCUGCUAUUCUGUACAUUUUAUAUCGAUUUAUUAAACUUUAUGUGCUCAUGGAGCUUGUGUAUAGUAUGAUGUAUAAAUAAUAAAAAGAGGGAUUACAACAAAGUUAUUCUAUACAAAUAAUAAUCUUAUUCUUAGAAAAAGAUUUUGGUUGCUGCUGACUGUAGCGUUUAUAACAGCUAAUUGAGUAAUGAAAACAGAGUUGAAAUCUCUGCUGGAUGGAAGAUUUCCAAUAUUUAUUUAACCCACCACCCACCCGUCUCCUAUUUUUCUGGCUGUAUCCUAUAAAUACAGUGAAACCUCACUUAACAAACAUAAUUCAUUCCCCAAUCUUAUUCCUGAUGUGGAACAUUCAUUAAGUGAAACUUUUUUCCAUUGGAAUCUAUGUAAAAUAGGACACUGCAUUCCAUUCUGAAAAAAAAUUCUAAAAUGUUUUUUAUUAUUUAUAAUUCAUAAUGUAAUUUAUGAAUUAAAAUUAAUUUUUUUACAAUAAAAUUUUCUAAAGACAUUUGUCUUUGGUUAUUAUGCUUCAUAAUCUGUGAAAAAGUAUUAUUGUUGAAUGAAUGUGCAUUGUGCAUAGCUACUACCUCAUUAGGGUAAUGCUUCUCAACACUGAAUGCAAUAAUUUCCCAUUUUUCAGUAUCUUCCUUAUUUCAUUGGAAAGCUCUGUUCUAUUUAAUCUACUAUUCCUGUCUAAAUCUCUAAUGCAGCGUUUUGUUGUGACACAGAAUGCAAUUAUAUAAAUUCUACUGUAAUUCUGGUUUCAUUUUCUCCCAGCUCAUCGGUAUUAUUGUUAUCUAGUUCUUGCACCAUAAUCUUGGCUAGAGACACAAUAUCAUCAGUUGAAACUUCUCAGACACUUACUCAAACUCCUCGAAGUCAUGUUCGACAACUGUAUUUGGCCAAGCCUUCAUCCAAAUUUGUAAAUAUAAGAGUGAUCUUUUAACAAAUCAAAUGAUAAACACAAACUGAUGCAGGCCAAAUCAGCAUGUGACCUGGAAAUAUUUUUAUGCCACUAAUUCUGUAAAGUAUCACUCCAAAACUUUUUUACAUUUUAUUUUUCUCAUUAUGUGAGUUUUCGUUAUUAGAGGUGCUCCUCAUGUAAAGUUUGACUGUAUUUAUUAUCUUUUUUAAAGUUUUACUUCUUUAUAAUGUUACAUAAAGUUUUAAAAUUAAAUUAACAAUUAAAUUUUUCCUUAAAAUUUCACUGUUUCUGAAUUUUUAAUAUUUUGAUAAGACAUAAAAUUAUCAUCUUUAAGUAAAAAGCUGUUUAGAUCAAAGGUUAUUAUUUCAUUUGAAAUCAUAUUUUGAUAAAAUUUUAAGAAAUACCUGUAUAAAUUUUUAAAGUUAAUCAUUUUUUAAUUAUUUUCUUUCAAUUU